GCGGCAGGGGCGCGAUUGUUGGCUGGCUGAGACGGACAAGUUCGGCAGAAAAAUAGUAAUGGUGCGCUGGUAGGUGCGAUAUGAAGUCGGAUUUUGGGCCUCGCGACCGCGCCUAGGGCGUCGGACAAUGGUGUAGGCGGAUGGGGGCCAAGCCGAGCACCGCCGCCGGGGGCGCCAGCAGCCCCAGGGCCCGAACCUUCUCUGCCUCGUCGAGCGCCGAUGUUGUGAACGCGAGCGCCUCGGGCUUCAGCCUGCUCAGGGCGCUGCCAGACCUUGCAGGCGCAGUAUCCAGCGACCGGCUGCGGGCGCGAUCGCUGUCCAGCGUGCCGCAGGAGGCGGCCACGGGGGGCGGCGGCCGCGGCCUCGCCAUAUCCGAGAGUCCCGGCGAGACGGACUCGAGCUCCGAGGAGCAGCCGGAACAGCAGGUGGCCGCCGUCGCGGCCGCCGGCCUCGGCAUCGCCACGCCGCGCGUCUACGCCGCCCACUCGCUGCCCUCGCACAUCUGGAACCUUAAUGGAAUCAAGUGUCCAGUGUGCUCGAAAUUCGUUCUGCCGGAUGACAUUGAGUGUCACCUUGUUAUGUGCCUCACCAAACCGCGUCUCUCGUACAAUGAGGACGUCUUGACCGAAACAAAGGGAGAGUGUGUGAUUUGCUUCGACGAGCUGGAGCAAGGGGACACGAUCGCCAGGCUACCCUGCCUCUGCAUAUAUCACAAGCAAUGUAUUGACAAAUGGUUCAACAUAAACCGCUCGUGUCCAGAGCAUCCUGGCGACUGAGACAAAAACUGUGCAGAUUCCCGAAAACUGUCCUCUUACAACAUUUCUGCGAGUGAAACAGUGAUCCGACGACUUGUUUCUUUAUAAUUUAACGUGAUAUUAGAAGCGUAAUUGAAAUAAUUGCGAGAAAGAGAGCGAGUAAAUCAGCGAGCCUGAAGAACGAUGAGAGGCAAGCGGAGGCUACUGCUGCUUUUGCUGCUCAGAGCUGAUUUCAGUUGGCCCUUCCAUUACUGGUUAAGUUGUCGUCUCGAAUACUCCUGAUGAAUCCUUAGUUAAAUCUUUGUUUCCCCUAAUUUGCUGCCAUUCGACAAACACAAGAAUGCGGAGAAUAAUUUUUAUACAUUUUCUAUGUGGCAUUUUUGUAUUAACUGAAGUCGUCGUCAAGUCAUUACAUUUUAAGUUGGCGCUGAGCCGAGUUUGCUUUCUGAGAUUCAAUUCGCAAGUACGGUUUAGUUCGACUCGUUUCGCGGACGGCCGGAUCCGCAGCCGGAUUCGGCGCCGUCCGCCUGAUUUGUGUUGACAAUUAUGUGCAAGUAAAUUGUGCCUUUGAAUAAUUCUGUAGCAAAGACAGAGACUAGUGAGGAAGGAGAGUGCGAAAGUGCCAGAGUCUGAAGAAAAUACACGUUUUUCGGCUGCUGGAUCGACGAAAACUUUGUGAACAUAGACUUAAUGGUUUUUAACCAACCGACCGACCGACCGCGAGUGGUGACCAGAACUGAAUAAAACAUUCAAGCUUAACAAGCUGUGUAAAAUGAGAAAUUUGUCGGAUGUGCUUGUAGAGCGAUUGUGCCGAGUGCGCGCCCGACACCCACACAGGAACGCGCGCGACUUUUCCUCGGAAUUUGCUGCCAGUCAACUCAGUUGUGAGUCGUUAUAUUAUAUUUGUGUUGCUACUGGCUCCUGCGUUGAGCACACCACCAGAGAUGCCGACGCCCACUUCCCACUUUAGGGAUGAUUCGUUUGGCCGGGUUUUUGGUAUUAAAAAAAAUACUAGAUUCUUUUAUUUGCGUGAAAUCAAAAUGUUCUUCGUCGAAAAAGCCGAGGGACAACAAUAUGGCGGCGCACCACGCCCCCUAUGAGCGGUGAUCUGUGUCCGCGCCGCCAUAUUGUAUUCCCUCGGUUACGCCCCCCUUUUCAGCGGCUGAUUUUGGCUGUUUCGACGCCGAACAUUUCGGUUUCGCGUACAUGAAAAAAUCGGCUGAAAAUCUAGUAUUUUUAACACAAAAACCCCGGCCGAAGGAAACAUCCCCUAUCGUGUGGUGUGUUCCCUCGUGCAUCCCUGCUGGCCCACACUCGACUUUCUGCCCAUUGGUUAUGGUUACCUGAUUACUUUUGUAUCAGCCGCUGUAAAUUAAAUUAUUGUCUAAGUUAACGCCCGCGCUUAAAUCUCACACAUGUUCCUAAUUGUAUAAUGUAAUUUUACAGAGAUCGAAUACCGGUAUACUAUAAUUUCGAUUGGUGGUGCUAUUGUAAUUCAUUUCAUGUUCACAACUGUAGGCGAAAAAACCUGCACAGACACUACAGAUGACGGAGAAAAGCUGUCAUUGCCGUUGCUUUUGCGCAUCACGACGUAUUUUGAAUAAAAAUUAAAGAAAAAUUCGUAUAUCUUCUUACACGAAAAUUCAAGAAGGAAAAUUUAUUUGAUUUACUCUUAAAAUUCACUGCUAUAUGUAAAAUAAAUUUUCAUAAAAUUACCUUUUGUAAGUAUAUUUCUUCUGUGUUUAAAUAUUAUUUCUCGUUUCUUUGCCUUAAAAAUCCUGUUUGAUUAGGGCAGCAUUCAGAAUUUUGGUGUUAGAAGAAGAAGAAGGAGGGAAUUCUGCGUUUUAAUAUUUUGUAAUUUUGAAUUGAAAAGACCAAUGAUCAGCCUCCACAAAGCAAGCAAGCACACGAGACAGUCUACGGACAAAUCGCCUCACAAGUGUAAAAAUAAAAGGAGAGAAAAUUAAUUGUCAGCUAGAGCAACAAGUACCAAGCAAACGAGAAAAUUCAGUGUCGCUCCAUCCGUGUGCCAGCACUCACUCUCUAAUAAUUAUAUCAAUGCUCGGCUCACCGAGUUCAAAAAAACAAACAAAACUUCACCUCUCUAGCGCGUGUAGCCUCAAAAAGGAGGAGUUUCAGAAAAUAGAAAUGCCAGUUAAACGCUCAAAAUUUUGCACCGUCGCCAAAAAAUACGUGUGCGGCGUACGUUUCCGCGGAAGACGAGAGGAGAAAUAUAAUUGGAUCACAUAACGCAUCAUGUCAAAAGCAAUCUUUACGUCUGUGUGACGAGAAGAUCACUAAUUGUUCAGCGCGCGCAGCUUAAAAAUGCCAAUGGACAUUUUCUGUGAGGUGGAGACAACAUUGUUGAAAUUAAAACAAACAAAAAAACACGAACGAUAAUUUAAAUGAAAAAAAGGAUUAAAACAAAAACGUCGUUAUAACCUAAUCUGUGAUUACAUGACCAUUAAAACGAUUUAAAAUGUGA